GCUGGGAGCGCCUGGGUCCCCUCUGCCCCUCACUGCUGCAUUCCCACCCCUUCACCUCCCCCAGGUCACAGGGUCACGGGGAGGGGUGACUCUGAGAUCAGUGGUCACGCUGAGAGGACAGGUGGGAACUACAGCUCCCAUAGUGCCCCGUGCAAGGCAAUGCCUUCCUUUGUGCGUAUGCGCGAACGGCAACAGGCCCCCCCCAAUGGUGCGCUGUCAACGGUCAUCCAGCGUACGUGCGCCAGGAGCACUCGCUGUUAUUGGCUUCGCGGAUACGCCCUGCCCCAUCCCCGCACGAUUAGGCUGCGCCGCCUCCUGCUGCGCAUGCGCAUGGUCCCUACAACACGCAUGCUUCGGAUCACCGAAGAGCCAGUGCGAGGCCCUGCCCCCUGCACUUCCUUCUGAGCAUGCGCCCUCACCCGCCAGUGGCGCCGGGUCUUCCGCCUGCGUUUCCCUCCUGGUGCGCAUGCGCCCGCUUUGGCCCCUCCCUCCGCGCAUGUGUGUUGCCUGCUCGCGCUGUCCACAGCUGCCGCGGGCCUCCCCCCCCCCUACUCACACGCUUCGUCUGUCCCGCGCGCCCCCCCACGCGAGGCUCUGUUCCGUCCCGCCGGAAGAUGUGAUGUGGAGCCCAGAGGUGGUGAGUCCGCGGCGGGGGGGGUGUCACGUGGAGCUGAGGGAAUAGUUGAGAUGGGCGCGUCCACCACGUGACAGGGAGGGGUCCCGUGAGGCUGAAAUGACGGUUGAAGGGGCGAGGCGUCACGUGAGGCUGACGUGACGUUGUGGGGCGGAAUGUCACGUGGGGCUGAGGUGACAGUUGCGGGCAGAGCCGGCACGUGAUAGGCAGGGUUACGUGGGGAUGGCAGGUCACGUGGUGGGGCAUGCGUUGGGGUGCCUCGCAUGUGGGUCUGAGGGAAGGGGGUCAUCCCCCCCCUCGCAGCCCAGGAUGGGUGCAGGUCCAGGGAGGGGGGAACGCCUGGGUCAUCUUCCAGCCUUGCAGGUGUAUCUAUCCCUCCACUUGCAACCCUUGUAGUGUUGGGGGCCCCCCCUCAGCGAUGUCACCCCCUACCCCACCUGUCUCCUCAGCCCCUGGGAAGGCUGCUGGUCCAGGUGCCCCGUGGGUGGCCCUGGACCGGGGCCUGUGCAGCUGACACAGUGACAGGAGCUGGCGUGAGUCCCCCCACAGGGGAAAGAGGUGGGGGAGGCAGGGGGGCUAUCCAGUGCUGAGAUGCUCUGGGGUGGGGCACAGCCAAGUGUAACAGGGACUGCAACUACCUCAGGUGGGUCACAGCUAGAUAUAAUGGCUCUUUGGCGCUGAGAUGCAGCCAGCUCUGGGGUGCAGCUGGGUAUGACAGGGCUACGCACCUGGCACUGAGAUGCAGCCAGUUCUGGGGUAGGUCGCGGCCAAGUGUAAAAGGGACCAAAGCUCCUUCUGGGAUGGGUCGCAGCUUGGUAUGACAGGGCUUUUUAGCACUGCCAUGCAGCUGCUGCUGGUGUGGGUCGUAACCAAGUGUAAUAGGGACUGCAGCUACCUCUGGGGUUGGUUGCACCUGAGUAUGACGGCUCUUUGGUGCUGAGAUGCAGCCACUUCUAGGGUGCAGCUGGGUAUAACGGGCUCUUCACUAGGCACUGAGAUGCAGCCAGCUCUAGGGUGGGUCGCAGCUGAGUAUAACAGGGUCCCCUCACCUGACACCUGAGAUGCGGAUUUCUCUGGGGUGGGUUGGGGCUGUAUGUAACAGGGUUCUUUCACAGUAAGAUGUAGCCGUGUUUGGGGUAGGACGCAGGUGGGUGUAACAGGGACCCACCUCAAUUGUCCCUGAGAUGUGGCCACCUCUGGAGAGGGUCACAGCUUUACGUAACAGGAUCCUUUCACAGUAAAGUACAGCCAUCUCUGGGGUAGGACACAGGUGGAUAUAACGAGUCCCCGUCACUUGACACCUGAGAUGCGGCUGUGUCUGGGGUGGGUCACAGCUGUAUGUAAUGCAGCUCCAUCACACCACUUCUGUGACGCAACACAAGUUGAGUAUAACGGGAACCCCUUACUUGGCACUGAGAUGCAGUCAGCUCUGGGGUGGUUCAUAGCUGCAUAUAAUAAGGUUCUUUCACACUAAAAUGUAAUCACUUCUUGGGUAGGGCGCAGGUGGGUAUAAUAGGGACCCCUCACUUGGCGUUGAGAUGCAACCGCCUCUAGGGGGUCAUGGCUGCAUGUAACGGAUCUGCUCUGGGGUGGGUAUAAUGGGGCCCCUUCACCUGCAGCCAACUCUGGGUAUAACAGAGUCAUCUCACAUUAAGAUGCAGCCAUUUCUGGGGUAGGGCAUAGCCAGGUAUAACAGGAACCCCUCACCUGGCACUGGGAUGCAACCAGUUCUGGGAUGGCUCCCAGCUGCAUGUAACGGGACCCCUCAUGCUAUGAUGCAGCCACCUCUGGGGUGGGCUGUGGCUGGGUGUAAUGGGCCCCCUCUCCCAGGAGCCUGGCGCUGGGGUAAACACGUGACCCACAGGAAGGAGACAUGGAGGGACGAGCUCGGAACUACGACAACUGAGAUGAGGAAGAUGAGAUGUGUCCCCCCUCCCAUCUCCACAGGGGGCCUGGGGUACUGCCUCCUAGAUGACUCCGACCAGGUCAGGUUCUUCAUCCACCACUGGGCGCAGUACCUGUGGGACCUGGCGGACCAGGCCUUCCACCGCCUCAUGGCACUGGACGCCAUUGUGCCCUGCUCUGCCCUGCAUGGGGCCCACAGUGCCGGGCUGCCCCUGCCCACCCAGGCGUACCGGCGGCACUUCUAUGGAGACAACCUGAUUGAUGUCAAAGUGCCUUCCCUCCUCAAGCUGCUCCUCAAGGAGGUGAGAAGGGACCCAGGUGUCCGGGGUCCCAGCUGGGACCCAAGUGUCCUGAACCCCUUUUACGUGUUCCAAGCCUUCAGCAUGAUGCUUUGGGUGCUGGACGACUACUACUACUAUGCUGCCGCCAUCUUGUUCAUGACUGUGCUCUCCGCCAGCUUCGCCCUGCAUGUCAUGCGCAAGCAAUACAUUCUGCUCCACGACAUGGUGGCAGCCCACAACAUGGUGCGGGUGACAGUCUCCAGGGGUCACCACGGCAUGGAGGAGAUCCUGUCCACAGAGCUGGUUCCAGGGGACGUGGUGCUGGUGCCACUGGGGGGGCUGACAGUGCCCUGCAACGCUGCCCUGCUGAGCGGCACAGCCAUCGUCAAUGUGAGCAUGCUCACCGGCGAGAGCAUCCCAGUGACCAAGACAGCACUGCCGGAUCUGAGGCAGGUGGGAGCAGGGAAGGGGGCAGCCUGCGACCCCCACUACGAACCCCGUGGGCACCGGCGCCACACACUCUUCUGUGGCACCUGUGUGCUCCAGACCCGCUACUACUCAGGGCAGCCUGUGCGUGCCCUCAUGCUCUGCACUGCUGUGGCAGGUGCCGGCAUGGCCUACUCAGUUGCCCACAGUGUCCAGCAGGGAGAGGAGGCAGGGCGCAUCGUGCUGGAGUCCCUGGACAUCCUGACCAUUGUGGUGCCCCUGGCGCUGCCUGCCACCCUCACGGCCAGCAUCACCUGGGCCCAGCGACGACUCCACAUCUGCGCCAUCCAUGCCACCAGCCCCCAGCGCCUGCACACUGCUGGGGGCCUCAACCUCUUCUGUUUUGACAAGACACCCAGGUCCUCCACAGUGCCCCCUCUUGCUACCCAUUAG